AUGGACGACUACCCCCCUGUGGUGGCCGGGCUCCCCGAUGAUCCUCUUCUGGAGGUCCUCUACCGCGUCCCCUUCAGGUCCCUCUGCCGCUUCAAGUGCGUCUCUAGGGCCUGGCGCGAUCUCAUCUCCAACCCCAUCCACCGCUGUAAGCUCCCCCAGACUCUUGAGGGUUUAUUCUACGAAAUCCUCCACCACCACCACCGCGAUCGCGACGGGGACGGAGAUAGCCUUCGCCGCCAUGGUUGCGUGGUAUUCGUGGACCUGUCGGGGAGGUCAUUGCCCCUCGUGGACCCCUUCUUCUCCUUCCUCAGGAACCUGCCCUGCGCUGUCCCUGAGGAUGGCACUAGGCUCAUGGACACCAGCCACGGGCUCCUCCUCCUCGACCGUGGCGGCUAUAGGUUAGACUCGACGCCUAGCUACGUCGUGUGCAAUCCUGCGACGAAGCAAUGGCUGGCCGUGCCUGCUGACGUCGACUGGACUCCGCCGCCGUGCAACGGGUUGUCUGCUUAUUUGAUUUUCAGCCCGAAUGUAUCCUUGCACUUCAGCCUGGUUCAGUUCACGAACGAGGAGUUCACCGGCGUAACGUCGGUGCAGAUCUAUUCGUCGGAAACCGGGGCAUGGACUCAGAGUGAAAGUGCCUGGACCCUAGAAGAAAAGCAAGCCCCGUGUGAAGGAUGGCGCUAUCGGAACUGUGUCCUAGUGCCUGAGAGGAAGAGCACUGUCAUCGACGGCAUGCUAUAUCUGGUCUGUGAGACAGUAGGAGAGGGCCGCCAUGUCUUAGAAGGGGAUCACAUCCUUGCCGUAGAUAUGGAAGGGAAGACAAGGAGUUUCAUGCCUGUGCCUUUCCAGACGCACAAAGAGGGGUGCAGUAUACUGUCUGAUUUUGUUGGUCAGUCCCAAGGGCUUCUGCAUUAUGUCAACCAUGAGGAACCUGAACAUUAUCAAAAUACCGAUGCCCCUUCUGAACGGUCUGAUAAUGGGCAUACAGAAGGUAGUGAGGAUGAUGAUGUGGACUAUGAACUGUCCAUCUGGGUUCUUAAGGUCGGUGAUACACAAGAAUUUGUCCUCAAGCACCGUGUGAGCUUCUUGCACCUGUUUGGGGAGAAGAGUUGCCAAGCUGGAAUCGACUACACUGUGGUCGCCAUUCAUCCUGAUCGUGAUAUUAUCAUCUUUAGCGAUUGGAAUGAUAAACUGAUAUCUUAUGAUUUGGACACUAAGGAAGUGUGUGCUGUCCGCACUGUCAGAGAUGCCUAUGCGUUCAAUUCAUAUGUUCCCUGUUACUCAGAGUCGCCAGCACUGACUAACAAGUAUUGA